UGGUGUUUCAAUAUAUCUUACGUAAAGCCAAAGUUGAUAAACAAACACAAACACAAAGAAAGUGCAAAGAUGAUGAGCUACUUUCGUGGCUACCACGCCCUUGUUUUUCUGCUUCUUGUCUUUGUUCUAAUUGCAUCUCCUGCAGAAGGAGAAGACAACCCUUUGUUGGAGUUAUCAAGCAGAGAUGAAGUGGUGAAAAUUGCUGGCUAUGGAGAGGAAAAACUAUCCACAGUUCUUAUUACAGGAUCAGUUAAUUGUGAGGCCCGAGAUCAACCUCAUUCAUGGCCUAUACAAGGAGCUUCGGUUGCUGUUUACUGCCACAGCUAUGGCAGCAAGUGGAAGGGAAAGUCAAUAGUAGCACGAGGUGUAACUGACGAAUUUGGAGAUUUUAUGGUCGAUCUCCCUUCGUACCUUCACGCUAUUCCUAACUUGGAAAAAAUAUGUACAGUGAAAGUUCAUCGGAUUCCCCAGGAAUCACUUUGUCGGCCAACUCAUGUCAAGAAACGCAAGGGGCUUAUGCUCUCUUCCUUUGGGAAUGGCAUCCGAACCUACAAUGCCGGAGACAUAAGGAUCCAGCAUGCAACGCAUGAGCCACUGCACGCAGCACGCAGAGAUGGGAGAAAUGAAUACAAGAAGUGAUUCGAAACCAAGUACAUAAAGUUGAUUUGGGCAUCGACAACUGUUAGUGAGAGCACCAUGGCUCACUUGGAUGGCGCUUUAGUCACAGUAUUGGGUUGCAUGGGUUUUAGACAUCUCUCACAGUACAUACUUCAUUUUCUGUAUACCCA